GAUAAUAAAACAACAGCGCAACAGUUUGUUAUUUCAUUGUGGCUGUUUUAUUUUCUUUCUGAACGCUAAACAAAAAUUACAAGAAUUCCCCAAUAAAAGAAAACAAAUUGACAGAAAAGUUUUCGAAUUUUCGUUCGUUUCGUUCUUUUUCUGUAAUUUAUUUCGUUAAGUUAAGUGGAAAAUAAAUUCAAAAUAAAAAUUAUUCAAAUUGUGGUGAAAAAAUAAAGUUUGAAUAAAAACAGAUCCUUCCCCCAGCUAUAAGGGAUUUUUUUGAAAAACAAAAACUUUUCCCCGGAAUCCUUAAAAAACAACAAAAAAAACAUAUGUUAAGAACAAUUUGUGUAAAAAUCCACCACACAAAAGAAAAUCGAGUGGAAAGUGACAGUUUUUAUUCGGGGAAUUUUCAAUUUUAAUUUUCACUUGCGAAUGCCUUUGUGGCAAAAAGGAAUUUCGUUGUAAUUUUUUACAUUUGAUGUUGUUGCUGUAAAACUGUUCUUCUGUUGUUGUUUUUGUCGUGUUGACGUCUAUCAACAACAACGUUUGGUACCGUUUGGUCUUCCCUCGUCCCCUAGAACAUUACAAAAAAAAAGAACCCACCGAAUUUAUUCCUUUUAUUUGCCUUGCGUGUAUUCUGGAUUGUUGUUUUCUUUUCGUUGGCGUUCAUAUUGACAUAAAGAACUGUCAAAAAAUAUCGCGCGUGUCAUUUGCAAAUGUGUUUUGUUUAUUUUUUCCGGUAACUGUGUGACAUUGAAAAAAGUAAACUAUUGUUGAUAAUUAAUAAAUUGUCGGUGUUGGGGAUAUUUGUCUGGUUCUCUUAUCCCUAGACAAAUCUGCGUGGGGUGUUUGCAAUUGAAUUGUGUUCUAAGUGCAUUUUGUACCUUCCGGUGAUAUUCGAUACAUAAAUUAGAAGAAAAUCUCUAGAACUAUGUCCAAUACGGAGAAACAGGGAGUCACAAAAAUAAGAAGUUUCUUAUCAUGUCGGCAAGUCUUGAAUCUGCUUACCAUGUUCGGCUUCAUGCUGAACUAUGCCCUGCGGGUAAAUCUGACCAUAGCCAUUGUGGCAAUGGUCAAGCCAGAAAAUGCCACCAAAGGUGAUAGCCUUGCGGGAAAUCUAACAACCAUUACGACUACCACAACAACGACAGUGGCGCCCAAUCUGAAUGCUAGUAGUAGUCCUCCACUAGAUGAUGAGCUAGAUGAUCGUUUCUCUUGGGAUACGUAUCAACAAAAUUUCGUUUUGGGUUGUUUCUUCUGGGGUUACAUCUUAACUGAGUUGCCCGGUGGCCGUUUGGCUGAAUUAAUUGGUGGUCGUCGUGUCUUUGGUCAUUCCAUGUUGUGGGCAAGUUUGUUGACUUUGAUCACACCCUUGGCUGCUCAUUUGAAUUAUGUUCUGCUGAUUAUUGUUCGUGUCGUCUUGGGCUUUAUGUUGGGUGCCUCAUGGCCAGCCAUACAUCCCGUUGCUGCUGUUUGGAUUCCGCCAAAUGAGAGAUCGAAAUUCAUGUCCAAUAUGAUGGCCUCUUCCCUUGGUGCUGCUAUUACCAUGCCUAUUUGUGGUUUCCUGAUUUCUGUUGCCGGCUGGUCCAGUGUUUUCUAUGCAACUGGUGCCGUUGGUCUCAUCUGGUCCGUUUUGUGGUUCACCUUGGUCUAUGAGACACCCGCCACCCAUCCACGUAUUACACCCGAGGAAAGACGCGAAAUUGAAGAAGCCAUCGGCACAUCAACAUCCAAAAAGCGACCCAGCUAUGUACCAUGGGGUGAUUUGUUCUGUUCUCCUGCCGUGUGGGCCAUUAUCAUUACACAUGGCUUGUCGGUAUUUGGUUUCUUCACUGUCAUCAAUCAAUUGCCCACAUUUAUGAAUCAGGUUUUAGGUUUCGAUAUUAAACAGAAUGGUCUCUUCUCAUCGUUGCCAUAUUUGGGCAAGUACAUUAUGGCCUUCAGUUCUUCAUGUUUUGCCGAUUAUUUGCGUCAAAAGAAAGUUUUGAGCACAACAGCAACAAGGAAAGCAUUCACAACGUUUGCUCUCACCACUCCCGGUCUGUUGAUGAUUGCCCAGGUCUUUUUGGGUACUGAGGCAGCAUGGUCGGUGACAAUUUUCACAUUGGCUCUGUUUGCUCAUGGUGCUGUGACGCCCGGUUAUUUGGGUAAUGGUUUGGAUAUUGCACCCAACUUCAGUGGUACCAUUUUUGGUUUGGCCAAUACCUUAUCCUCCUUUGGUGGUUUCCUGUCCACAUGGAUGGUUGGCGCUCUGACCUAUGAAGAUAAAUGCUAUCAUCAAUGGCAAAUUGUGUUUUGGAUCUUGGCCAUUACCUAUAUCUCGGGUGCUGUGGUUUAUCUAAUUCUGGGCACUGGCGAAUUACAACCUUGGAAUAAUCCACCAGAACGCAAAAAAGUUUCAGAUGUGCACAACGAGGAGGGUGUACCACUGAAAAAUUAAUUAAACCCUACAACAGUACCGUGAAUACAAAUUAGUGAUAAGUUUCAUUUUUUUUGUCAUAUUGAGAGCGUGUAUUUUUUCUUUGUUCUUUGCCAUUUUCUUUUAAUUUCUUAUGUAUUAUACAUCAAACAAACAAAUUAAUUAUAGUUUAACAAAGUUUUAGAUGGUAUGGAGUAAGUGAACAUAGUAAUUCAUGCAGGGUGCUCUAUUCUAAUGAAACAAUUAAACAAAAAUAUGUGUAUACUAUAGUUAAUUAAUGUAUGUAUGUGUAUGUAUUUAUUAGCCACAAUUAUUGCUACUAUAUUAUGUAUAUGUACUGUGCUGUUUAAGUUUUAAGGGUUCAAAAUUGUUUGAAUUCAAUGAAUCUACUUUUGUAAAAGAAAAGUAUAACCUUGGUGGGAAAUAAUCUUCAAUGUAUUUUGUAAAGUUAAUUUGCAUUUGAUUUGAUUGAUUUACGUGGUUGGAAUAAUUUUGAUAAGGUCGGAUUUCAUUAAGUAUGAGGGCUCGAUAUUGGAGAAGAACUCAAGGCCAGUUCAUGUAUGUGGAAAAAAAGAAAUGCGAAAAAAGUCCUUUUUAUGAGUGGUUUUAACAUUUAUUUUAUAUUUAUUCAAUUAAAAAAAUCAAAAAUUAAAACAAACACCUAUCGAUUUUUUUUUUCAAUUAAAUUUUAUUUUUUUUAUAUUAAUUUGAUUGAAAUCAACACGUAAAUAAUUGGUUUUCUUAUUUAUUUCGACGUACAUCAACAAUUUCUAAAUAGAUUUUGCCCCAUUUCUAGAAUUUUCUUCGAUCGACCUGCAUUUAAAGUUAUUCCAAUUUAAUAUGAACUUUGAAUUUAUUUCCUAUCCUUAUAUUAUGCACAGUACAAUAAUUAUUUUCUUAUAUAAACAAAUUAAUUCAUAUUCAUAGUAAAUAUUAAAAAAAAUCUCUGUCUUUCGAGAAAUCCCACCUUAGAAAAUAUGCAAAAUGUUAAUAAAAUUCCCAAACUUGCCCAAAACUUUUUUAGAUUUUACAAAUAAUUAAAGAAAAAUAAUUUACACAUUAAUAGAAAGACAUUAUUAUUUUUUAGUUAGAAUUAUUUUAUAAUAUACAUUUUUCUUAAUUUUCCAAAUAUUAUUUUUCACAUAUUUUAAGGCUUCCGAAAUUUAAUAUUUUUAUAUACAAAACAGAACAUGUUUUUAUUUAAGGGGAAUUAAUAUAACCCAGGUAUAUUUUUGUGGUAUAUGCAUGAGUUAAAAUAACAUUGUUCUUAUAAGAAAUAAUUUGUCAAUUCAGGAGAUUCAAUUAUUGGAUAAUUUAUAGAAAUUAUUUAGUAAAGAAAAUUCUUAUGAUAUACUCCAAAAUGUUUCGGAUUUUAUACAAAUAGCUUAAUUAGAACACAAAUUCAUCUGUUUAUAACGAGAUUUCAAAAAAAUAAAAAUAAUAAUAAUAAAAAAAAAUAAUAAUUUAAUAAAUUAAUUUAUUUAUAACCAAUUCGAAAUAUUUUGUGCAGCCCUUACAAUUUAUUUUACAAAAAUAAAAAAAACGAAAGUAGCUUAUUUUAACUCAUACCUUUUUAAAUAUACCUUGGAUGGAACUUGAAUAUUGAAAAUAAUUUGUAAUUUUCUAAAUAUUUUUAUUUAACAGUACGUUUAUAUAUAUAAGGGUUAACCCUCUGGGUUUGGAUUUAAAUUGUCAUAUCCAUUACUUUUAUGUCAAGUAAAUCCUCUCAAAGUAGGUUAACCCUACAAAAAGUUCUAACGUAAACAUUUCAUAAAAAUUUGCCAAAAAGUGGGUUUAUAUGUCUUGUCAAACAGCAAAUUGAAGGAAAAUUAAAAAAAAUAAAUAUCAAUAUCUUUGGUCAAAUAGGAAAUUUAAUGCCAAUUUAAAAUUUGUUAUUUUUUUCAUAACCCCACUUUUAUUUUAUUCUAGUUCCGCUUAUUUUUCCCCUUUCCCCCAGCCAAAAGGGAUAUUAUCAUUAUCAUUUUUUAUUUUACAGUAUUGAAACAUAUUUAUUUUGUUUUAAUAGCUGUUUUUCUGUUUUACAAUAUAAAAAAAUGUUUUAAUAUAAAAUCUUACAUUUUCAUAUAUAAGAUAAUUACAAUUUUAAUAAAAAAAAUAUUUUUUUGUGUGUAUACGUUUAAUUUUGUAAUAUGUUUUAAAUAAGCAUCACUUAGUUUUUGUAAGAUAUGUGAAAUAGAGUAAUAGAUACAAAUAGCUCUGUUGUAAUGCUAAAUUAAAAUUAAUAAAAAUUAUUUUAAAUAAAAAAAA